CUUCCCCCCUCUUAGUGUUACGUCAAGUACUUGGUGAGACACCGCCAGGAUCGUCCCUGGUCAAGGGAGGAUAAAAUGGUCAAGCAGAAUCAACCCAUGCCGCAUACUCAGAACUCAGACCCUUCCCGCGCAUAUCUAACUCUCGUGGAAUAUUGUUCCGAGUUUAUUGCACUUCCAGGGCGCUUCAUGGGCGCUUUCUUCGCACUACUCACGCACGUAGUUGACAACAGUAGCGUGCACUGUUCAUAAACCCUGCUUCUGCUCUAUUCAGAUUAGUGUUCAACAGGCAGAGGGACAAUGUGGAAGAUACGUGUCCUAUUUACUACCGUCCUUAUAUCCUUAACGUCCUCAACUAAGCUAGGACAGGACAGAUCCCUGGAGACUAAUGAGAUUGAGAAUUCAAGUUACAACUUUGAGUAUAAGGUAGCUGAUGAAGAAGAGCAGGUGUAUCAGCAACAUCAGCAGACGAUGGAUAAUCAGGUAGUGACCGGUGAGUACAGCUGGGUUGACCCUGAAGGAACCCUGCACCUGGUCAGGUAUAGAGCUGAUGAGACCGGAUAUCAUAUUCUUGAAUCCAUUAAUCAGCGCGGUUUCGUUAAGAUCGUCCCCAAGCCUCCUCGUUCCAGCAGAAAACUGUUGAGGAAGGUUCGAGUUCUCAAAUCUUCUCUAGGCUCACACAUUCGUUCUAACGGGUUGUCUCCUGCUCCUUUGCGGAGAAAGGUUCGAGUUCUUCGUCCUGCUUCCUCCAGGACUAUUCAGCAGGUGGCACCUGCUCCUGAACCUUUCUUAGCUGCUCCUCCUCCCAGAGAACAGGAUCUAGUUCCACAAGCAGAGUUUGAUUUGACAGCUUAGACUGAACCUGAGAAUUAAAAUGUCAUGAAUAAAAACCAAAUUAAGUAUUUUCCUUCCACACUUCCAAAAUACCAUAUACUUAACUACUCUUCAUAUUCCAACCCUACAAUCUUCAAUGCUUCCUAACUUUCUUUCAUCCUCCAUCUCAUCUUUCUUUUAUUCCUAUCCUUUCAAUUAUCAAUAUUCCCCCCCCCCCCUGCUUUUCAUUCCUUUUAGCAUUCAUUCCUUUGGAUUUUUGCUCCUGCCUUCCACCAUCCUUCUUCCAACUCUUACCUCCAUCCUUCUCCCACCUCUUACCUCCAUCCUUCUCCCACCUAUUGCCUCCAUCCUUCUCCCACCUCUUACCUCCAUCCUUCUCCCACCUCUAACCUCCAUCCUUCUCCCACCUCUUACCUCCAUCCUUCUCCCACCUCUUACCUCCAUCCUUCUCCCACCUCUUUCCUCCAUCCUUCCCCACCUCUUUCCUACAUCCUUCUCCCACCACUGUCCUCCAGCCUUCUCCCACCUCUUUCCUUCAUCCUUCUCCAACCUUUUUCCUUCGACCUCCAAUACCUUCUUUCCUUUUUCACUUUCUAUCCUUCUUAAAAUAUCCUUUCCCCACUUUCCCAUUACAAUUCUUAGCCGUUUUUCUCUGCUUUCCCUCCUCCCUUUCUAUCAUUCCUAGAUCCUUCUAUUCUAAAUACAUUUUACAAAUAAUUUUCCUACCUCUACUAAACUGUUGAUACUAUUUGUUUUGUUUUUAUUAUUUUACUUUAAUGCAAUGUAUUUUUUUUAUUUAUUUAUUACCUAAUAUUUCUGUAACCAUCAUCACUCAUAAAUAAAUGUUAUUUGUAUUU